ACAGUCCAUAUCAGAAGCGCACCAGUUUUGUUUCCUAUUAUUCGGCGCUGUAGCGUGCAUGAGAUUGUGCCUUUCUACCUUCUCGCAUACUGCUCUCUUAGUCCAGCUAUCACGGCGAAGCGUCUAAGUAGCGCUCAUGUCAAAGGCCAAGCCAUUCACUCAAAUCAUAGACGGAACGCAUCGAGAUCCGCAUUGGGAUCCAGUCUUCGUUAGGGAAGCGUUGAAGUUUCGAGCACAGCAAGGAGAUUUAGUCCUGCAUUCGUUUCCGAAAAGCGGCACGCACUGGGUUCUUUAUAUUCUGCAACUCAUUCUGAAAAAAGGCCAACCAAUUACAAGCCAUUGUGAUUUUACACAGAACAUGGUAUAUCUUGGAGCGACAGACCCCGACGACUUCAAACCAAGCCUGCCACUACGUCUGCUCCAAUCACAUUUUCCUGUAAGAAAGGAAUUAAUGAGCAGCGAAGCAAAGUACAUCUACGUGACACGGAACCCGUGGGACGUCUGCGUGUCAUUCUACCACAUGGUGACCAGUAUAAACGUCUACCGUUUCCAAGAUGGCACAUUCGACGACUUCUUUGAUGCUUUCCUUAGCGAGGACGUCGCCGGCCACGGGAACUACUUUAAUCAUGUGGUUUCAGGAUAUGCCAUCAAGGACAUGCGCAACGUAUUUUUCCUCACCUAUGAAAACUUGACAGCAGACACCCGAGGCACCGUACUGAAGCUCGCCCGUUUCCUGGGCGAAAGCUACGCAGAGGAUUUGGACAAAAAUGAGUGCCUCCUUCGUGAUUUACUUGAAAGAUGCUCAGCGGAUCGAAUGAGAGAUGUAAUGGUCGCGGACUUGAGCCCUAUCUCAAAUCCUGUCAUGGAAAAAGUGCUGCGGCGCCUUGGCGAAACUUGUAAGAAUGAGCACCACGGUGACAGCAACAAUAAGUACUACUUCGUAAGGAGUGGUAAAGUGGGCGGAUGGAACAGGUAUUUUUCACAGGAACAGCUCCAGCGCCUGGAGGAAGCAAUAAAGAAAGUAGAAAAAAUUUCGCCCGUGAUGGAACUUUGGGGCGAUAUACGUGAAGAGGCCAACGAGGUGGCGGCUGGGAAUUAUAGAAAAUAGAGACGCGAACCUGGGCGUUUCUCAAGCCAUCUACCCUGUUUCUUUAGUUGUUUCAAGAGCAAGUUCAAAUAAAACUGCUUCAACUAUG